CCCAAAGUCCCGAUCAUAACUCUGUUGAGAACACACACACACACCCCCCCUACAGACACACGCACACACACACGCACACACAGACACACGCACACCCCCCACCGAGAGGCGCAGCAGGCAGACGAGUGGAGAGACGAGCCGCGAUGACUUCCAGUAAGAUCGAGAUCCCCGGAGAGAUGAAGAGCGACCCCGCUGCUCUCAUGGCAUCCCUCCAGCUGAUGCCCUCGCCGGUGCCCGACCCGGAGAUCAAGUACACCAAGAUCUUUAUCAACAAUGAGUGGCACAACUCUGUUAGUGGGAAGGUCUUUCCUGCCCACAACCCGGCAACCGGAGAGCAGAUCUGUGAGGUCCAGGAAGCAGACAAGGCUGAUGUUGAUAAGGCUGUGCAGGCGGCUCGACUUGCCUUCUCUUUGGGCUCCGUGUGGCGAAGGAUGGACGCGUCUGAGAGGGGUCGUCUGCUGUCCAAACUGGCCGAUCUGGUGGAGAGAGACAGUGUCUAUUUAGCCACUCUUGAGUCUCUGAACAGUGGGAAGCCUUUCCUGCCCACCUUGUUUGUGGACCUCCAAGGAACCAUAAAGACACUGAGAUACUUUGCUGGAUAUGCAGACAAAAUCCACGGCACUUCUAUUCCUAUGGAUGGAGAGUAUCUGACAUUUACACGAUAUGAGCCCAUUGGAGUUUGUGGACAAAUUAUUCCUUGGAACUUCCCUCUGAUGAUGACGGCAUGGAAGCUGGGUCCAGCGAUCGCAUGUGGAAACACUGUUGUGCUUAAACCUGCUGAGCAAACACCCCUCACCUGCCUCCACAUAGCAGCUCUCAUCAAGGAGGCCGGGUUUCCACCAGGAGUCAUCAAUAUUUUGCCAGGAUUUGGGCCAACGGCAGGAGCUGCGAUUGCUUCGCACAUGGGCAUAGACAAAGUGGCUUUCACGGGAUCAACUGAGGUCGGCAAGCUGAUCCAAGAGGCAGCUGGGAAGAGUAACCUGAAGAGAGUGACGCUGGAGCUGGGAGGAAAGAGUCCAAACAUCAUCUUUGCAGACGCUGAUUUGGACCUGGCUGUUGAACAGGCCCAUCAGGGAGUGUUUUUUAACGCGGGCCAGUGCUGCACAGCAGGCUCCCGCAUCUUUGUGGAGGAGUCCAUCUACGACGAGUUUGUUCGGAGGAGUGUGGAGAGAGCCAAGCGGAGGAUCGUCGGCAGCCCCUUUGAUCCAACAACUGAGCAGGGUCCUCAGAUCAGCCGGGAGCAGCAGAAUCGAGUGUUGGGGUUCAUCCAGAGCGGCAUCAGUGAAGGGGCCAAGAUGGAGUGUGGAGGCAAAGCUCUGGGCUUGAAAGGGUUCUUUGUUGAGCCCACUGUUUUCUCUAAUGUGAGGGAUGACAUGCUGAUCGCCAGAGAGGAGAUUUUUGGUCCAGUCCAGCUGAUCAUGAAGUUCAAAACUGUGGAUGAAGUGAUAGAAAGAGCCAACAACACAGAUUAUGGUUUGGUUGCGGCUGUGUUCACUAACAACAUUAACAAAGCCAUGACCAUAACCACAGCCAUGCAGGCUGGCACUGUCUGGAUAAACUGCUUCAAUGCUCUGAGCACGCAGUGUCCAUUUGGAGGAUAUAAAAUGUCUGGCAAUGGCCGUGAAUUGGGAGAAAGCGGUUUGAAAGAGUACUCAGAAGUGAAGACCAUCACGAUGAAGCUGCUCGCCAAGAACUCAUAGGAAGCCACGUUUUUUGGGGGGGAAGGAGGUAGUGUCUUCCUCAUCACCGACCUGUCUCUCAUCAGUCCGUUCACAGUGGCAAACCAUGUAAACCGUCAAAUAAAAGUUAUCUCCACGGUAACUACGCAGGCCUGUGACCACUCGCUGCCCUCCCAGUCCCUCCAUCCACGCCGCAUUGCUCGCCACGGACAGUCAGCCUGUCGCUGUUUAGCUAUCCCUGCCUACCUGACAACCACUGAACGUCCCCCACAAUGUAAAUGUCCUCCACUAACUACACUAGAGCACUCACAGAGACGACGGGGGGGGGGGCGCUCUGACCGCAAAGCCCAAUAACAACCGCCCCGCCAGCCGCUGCACCCUGAUUCUCACCCACCGCCAGAUGCUGGAUGCUCAGAGACUCAGUCACCGCACUUGAAAUUAACCCUUUACUAGCAACUUGUCAUGCGUUGGAUGGAAGUUUCUUUUUGUACUGUGCGGUGUGAUCGUCAAAAAACCCUUGUGUCAUUUUCUUGUGGAAUUUAUGGAAGCAUGUCAGCUCAUUCAAGACCACUGAUAUUUUCACCCUCAGAUAUGAAUGGAUGAAAUGUUCAUUCAGAAUUAAAAUGCAUUUCUAAUUGUCUUUGUUUAUAUUUUAGCUUGUAUGACUUAACACUGUAUGUCAAUCUUUGACUGAUGUAAACGGGAAGAGUUUAACCUCUUAAAAGCAUUUUACUCUGCUAAAAGAGGAGUAGUAAUGUAUUUUAAACAUUAUGUAACAGAUUUUCAUUGAUGUUCAUCUAUGUUUAUGUUUAUACAAUCAUAUGCUAUAAAACUAUAAAAUGAUAAUAGUUUUUCUUUUCAGGAAACUUGUUGUGUUCACUACAUUAUUGGGACUUAGUUAUAUAAUUAUUGUAUUCAUUCAUCUCUUUUGGAAAUAAAUUGGUCCAAAGAGAGGA